AAUUAGCUAGCACAUUUUAUCAUUUUCAAUCUUUUAGAAUUUGACUAUGUACUCAACCUUUUCAAAAUUAUCCCCUGAAAAUCAUGAAAGUGUGGCCGAGCUGAAAGACUUUUUUAUGCUUCUUGACACUGGAGGCGAUGGGUUCGUGCAUGUUAACAUGCUGAGAGAACUUUUUUUAUCAACAGUCCCUAAGAUGACUGAAGAGGAUUUCAAUGAUCUUUUAGUUGAGUGUCAAUUCGAUCAAAUGGAACAAUUAGCGUUCGAGCAAUACUACGUGUUAUCCGCAAAACUGAAAACCUUAUCCCUACUCUCAUUAUCGGCUACUCAGCUUAAUGACUGUGUCAAUUUAGAAGAGGUAUUCGCACCGUUUGACCCUAGUGGAACUGGCUAUGUGAGCUACUCGAUUUUUAAUGCGUUAAUGUCAGGAAAAGGUGAUCAGUUAUGUGUUCGUGAGGCAACUGAAAUGAAACUACGUCUUGAGAGAGUAGGGUUGCUUAAGAAGAACCGAGUAAAUUACAGGAUGUUUAUUAGUAGUAUAUCUGCAUGCGAUAUUUUAGUCUAAUAUUAAUCCUUUUAUUAAUUGGAUAUGUCGUAAACCCAAUUGUUUUUCAAUUUUCAUAUAUUUACUGUAUAUUCUUU